UUUAUAGCACACAAAAAUCAAUAUUUACUGUAAUUUUAAAUUAUUCAUUAACUGUAAUUUUAUAAAAUAUAUAAGUUUUCAAAUUUAAUUUUAGUUGUGUUAAACCAUUCAAAUGGUACGGCUCAAAUCUGUUGAUUGUGUCUCACAAGACGAAGACAAGAAAAAACUUGAAAAUUGAAGGAAUUUUCUUUUUGAUACCAGAUCAGGACUCAGGCAGCAUUGCAUGAAGAGCUCGGGAGUUCGUUACAUAGAUUCAUUAUGGCUGCAGAACAUCAGUAUUUUUACGAAGAUGAAGUAUUUAGAAUUAAUAAAAAAGGCAACAUUGAAUUCGGAAUGGUGCUUGAAAAUUCGGAGUUAGUGAGUAGUGAUGAAAAUUCAGAUGGAGAGGAUGGAGGAAGGAUGAAACAGGGGCAUAUUCGGGUUGCGUGGCACCCUACUGGUGAGGAAGAAGUGAUUCAGGAGAAAAAGGUGGGACUGGCUGACCGCUCGCUGAUGCCAGGAGAUGUUGUCCGCCGCAUGGUGAAGGGGAAGGAUACGCAGAGAGGUUACUGUCGUCACAUCAAGGUGACAGCCUGUGUACAAGUCAUGGGGACAAAACAUAUAAUCAUCAAUGUAAACAGCGAGGAACUGGUGCCACUCGAGGAAUUCGCUGUAGACAUAGCCGUCUGCUUGGACUCGUGGGUUGGAGGGAUCAAAGCCGUCAACUCCCGUCUGACACUACAGUGUGCAGAUGGCUCUCGUUGCGUGGUCAAGGACCCUGACUCUGUUUCUGGUCUUGAGGUGUUUGACGAGAAGCGAGACAACGUUAGUACUAUACCCAAGUUCCACCUCAAAGAUUGUGAGUUCCCACACCGCGGUGACUACUACCCUGGUCAGACCUUGUGGGGACCUCUUCAUGGUCUAGAGCAGGCCAGUUGGCUUAACUGUACCAAGGAGCUCAAAGCUAUGAGGGCGAACACAACCAAGUCCUGUAAGACAGUCAAGGUUAUUGUAGAAGGUAUAGAGACAGAGUCAGUGGGCGUCCACUGGCAGUGUCGUGCCUACUCCAAGGACGGAGCUGGUAGCGAGAAGGAGCAGCCGAAAGGAACGGUAGAAGGAGAGGAUUUGAAAAGGCUGAGGUUACUGAAUGUGUUCGAGCCUUGUACGCUUCAAGUGGGCGACCGAAACUUCUACACCCUGACGGACAAGGAUGCUGUUACCACCAAAGACCAGUGGCGCCGGACACAGAAGGAGGUCGUGCUGGCAAACUGUGCCACCCAUGGGUUUGUCCCUGCACCACCGCCCCACGGCGGUACAAAGCGCAGGUCCAAACGUGCCCUCUGUCGUGAAUGUCGCCCAAGUGUCAAGUCCCUACAAGUAAAGUCAUCCGAGGAGAUGUACAACUCCUCAGAGAGUGUGUCCAAGACAACCCCAGUAGACUCCAAUUCCGUCAAGUCAUGCUCUACUGAUUCUUCAGGUGUCCAGUUAACCAGCAACUCCUUAGAUCAGCCCCAAGAGGUAGAGAGGAAGUCAUCAGAGAAUAUUCUGAUGGAGAAGAAAUCCUCUGAACCGAUCAUAAAGAUCUCACCCGCGGAGUCAGGGAAAGCAGGGGAGUGGGACACGGAGGACACAGAUGACGACUACGGCACAGACACCGGGAGCAACACCAGCAGCACGGCCAGCUCGCGUGCGUCGUCGCGUGGUGGGCGCAACCGUAAGGGUGCACUAGCUCUCAUGUCACGGAUCAUGAAGAAAAAGAAGCUGCGCCGCGCACGCAAGAAAGCCCCGCCGCUAGUGCUGGAGCCCGGGGCCCGACUGGUGGUGGAAACACUCAGCACUGCCAGUUGUGCAACAGUUGUGUGGCAGGAUGGAUCGGUGGAGUCAGACAUCCCAUCAACGGAGUUGUAUCCCAUCCACCACUUGGAUGAUCAGGAGUUCUUUCCGGGAGACUUUGUUUAUGAAGUGCGUGAGGAGAAUGCUACGAGAGUGUAUGGUGUGAUACAGAGCGUAGACCAUGCAGGCCGGACUGCGACUGUACAGUGGUUCCGCACCUACACAUCAACCGAUGACCCUCAGCCCUCUCUCCUUCAGAGAAACGAAGUUUCCGUAUACGAUCUGAAAGACCAUCCAGAUUUCCAGUACAGGCCAGGGACAGUGGUCAUCAGAGUUGCCAAUUUUGAGGGAGAAGAUGCCAACUGUACUGCUGGACAGGUCUUGGACAAUUAUCCAGAAGGAAAGGUGCGUGUGUGGUGGGUUGACGGACACAUAUCCAUGUGCUGGCCACAGGAUCUCUACAAGGUGCGGGAGUAUGACAGUGAUGAUGGGGAACUGUGGGAUGAUGUCAGCACUGAGGCAUCGUGGGAGACAGAGAGUAUCUCCUCCUGGCCUGCUGACGAAGGGGUUGCUCUGGAAGAGGUGGGUUGCAAUAUUAAACCCAAGUUGGCAGCUAACAUUGAGAAAGCACGCAUCGCCAUGUCUCGUCUGGAGGAGAUCUUCACCCAAAACCCUUCACUACAGACAACAGACGUCAUGAGGAAGCUGCUAGAGGUCUACAAGGAUUGCAGGUAUUUGGACAAACUGAUGGGGACUACGUUCUUCCACGAGAGUCAUUUCCAGGGGUUGUUGGAGCGGGUGAGGGAGCGUGGCCGCGCCAACACUGCGCAGCACGUUGGUGAUCAGGUGCGCAGGCUGUUCAGCAGCCCUGGAGACAACAAAGCUGGUGCUAGAUGCUGUGAGGGGAAGGAACCUUCGCAGGACCUUGACUCGGAGACACACCAAAUCUCAGAGUCUUCUAAUUCGGAUUCUGGUGUGUUCAAUACUCCACCACUCCCUCCAGUUCCGGCUGCAGGCACAUUCCUGUCAGACAACCUGGCGUCUUUGGUUGCAUCUUGUGCGGGGCCGUGCACAACGACAGAAGAUGCACGAGCCAGUACGGGAGGCACGCAGGUGUGCUGUGACGAUCAGACCGAGCCUACUGUCUGUAACUCUCAUGUCUGUGUGAAACUGUGCGCACUAAUACUGGGACAGCUGGUGGAAGCACAUGCAGAGGUCAUGAGGAGGUUUGGUGGAAAUUCAACCAAUGGGAUGACUCUGAGUGAUGCUGCCAAUACAGUGAGCCCUGCAGGCAGCAGUCAGGGCGAUGUGGAGCCCCCACCUUGUCCUCCGUCCCCGCCCUCGACACCGCCCACCACUCCUGCUACUGCCCCACCCGAGUCACCCUCAGUUGAGAGCCUAACUGUUGGCGGAACAGACCUAGUCAAAGACGGAGAUGGUGGGUUCUCUGUGCUGGACACAGCCCCCAACAGUCAUAAGUUUAAGCUGACAAUGUUCCAGCCUACAGACCCCAAACUGUUCUUCAAGACUGUGCGGAAUGAGAUAAAACUGCUCCAGAGCUCUCUGCCUAGCGGCAUCUGGGUUAAGGGCUUUGAGGAUAGAAUGGAUCUGUUUUCAGUGAUGAUUCGAGGUCCAGAGAAGACACCGUACGAGGAUGGACUGUUCUUUUUCGACUUCCAGCUGUCAGCAGACUACCCGAAGGCUCCUCCACUGUGCCACUACGUGUCAUAUUGCAGUGACCGGCUGAAUCCUAAUCUCUAUGAGGAUGGGAAAGUCUGUGUCUCAUUAUUGGGUACAUGGAGUGGUAAAGGGACCGAAGUUUGGACCGUUAUUAGUAACCUGCUUCAGGUCAUUGUGAGCAUUCAAGGACUGAUAUUGGUCAGCGAGCCGUACUUCAACGAAGCCGGCUACGAGAAACAGAAAGGGUCACAACAGGGGCGGGAAAACUCUCGGAUGUAUAACGAGAUGGUGGCUCUCAAACUGGUACAGAGCAUGAGUAAGCUGAUACUCCACCCGCCACCUAUCUUCAGAGCGGAAGUCACCCAGCACUUCACACAGAAUGCUCACAAGUUGUGCAACCGUUUAGAAAGCUGGCUUGAGAUCUCUGAGAGUUACAACAACUCUCAUCCUUUCUCUCCCACCACACCCACAUCCUUCAAGGAGCUUCACAGUGAUGACAUUAAAGCGCACUGUAACGUCCCACUGCCAGAAUUCCCUCUGAUCCCUGCAUCUAAGGGGUUCUGCCUGACGCUGCGUAAGACGCUGGUAACGUUCCGCGAGGUCCUGCUCUCUGUGGGGAUCCCGCCGCCUGCCAGUUAGCGGUAGAAUCCCAACAAUAAUAACUCGGCCUUUAUUUUUUAUAUUACAAAAAUUUACGUUGUAUUUAUUGUAUUUAACAUGUAUUCUCGUGCAAGUUCUGUAUUUUCGAGUGAUGGAAUACCGUUGUUAUCGUAGUAUAUAGUUGGAUACUUAUUUCACUAAAAUUGCUAUUUUCGAAGAGUAGAUCGUUAUUUAUUUCUCGGCAAAGUGGUGGCCUCAGUGUUUGGUGGGAAUUAUUUGUUGUAGACAUUUGGGUUCAGUUUUAAAAGAUUUGCCAUAACUUUCAUUUAUUUAAAAUAUUUAUUAAUAAUAAUAGUUUAAAAUUUAAGGAAUGGGUUGUUUUAAUGAAAGCAAAGCAACAGAUUUUGUUAUGGCCUUUAUACAGUACAUUAUAAAAUAAAUAAGUAACUAAAGGUUGUAUUGAAUAACUCUUGAAAGUGUCUACUGAAGCCUCCACUUGGCCAUGUACAAAGUAUAGACAGCUGAGCUAAGAUAGAUUAGGCCUAGUGUAAGUUACUUCAUUUAGCGGUUCAGCUGAUUUAAUUUAUUUUUAGGUGUUUCCGUGCGCGUUUUAUACCCCAUUGUUAUUAUUCAUAUGUGAGGUCUCUCUGUCUGUUUCCAGCAAGACCGUUCCAUAGCUUUACAAUUGUAACUUAAGACUCAGUUCCUUUUAUUUCAGUUGGAUUUACGGGUAAGUGACGUGGGGUGGAGGGACGGAUUGAGAUUUGAUUUUCCGACCUUCCAAGCUUCUUUGGUUUCUAGUGUCAAUAAUUUUUGUAAUAAAUAUCAGAUGUUGGAAGAAAUAUAGAAACUUCCAGGUGAACAAACACACUGUAAGUUGUUUUUGUCUGUUUUUCUGAAUUUGUAUAAGGUUUUUGGGAAUUGGCUUUUUUGUAUGGACAGUACUAUAACAGAGGGAAUGAAAGAUUAUUUAUGGGACAAAAAACAAAGUUCAGUCAAAUAUGAAUCAGAGUUUCUUUUAUCCAGUACAAAUAGUUUUAGUUUUUACAAAGUUUGGAAUAGAGUUUAAUUCAAACUUAGCAAAGUUUCGAGUUAAGGAAAGACAUUGUGCAAAAGCUCCUGAUAUGAUUUUAACUUGAAUGAAAUAAUUUAUGCGGUAUAAGAAUUUAUACCGUCAUAAUGUCAUUACUUACACGCUUCACAGUUGGGCAUCUUAAUAUUUUCCAGUUAUAAUCUGAAAACAGCUUGCUGACCAAGUACUUUUAAACAUAUAUGAGGCUUGUUUUUGUAAGGUCUACACUGUAUGACAUAAUGAUUCAUUUCAACUACUAUAACCUAUGCGUGUGUUUUUUGGGUAUAUACAAACUUUCACGGAAAUUAACAAAAUGACUAGUGUUUACUUUAAGUAUCCUUGACAAUGAAAACAGUGAAAUUGGAUAGUUUUCAAGCUAAAAAGGGACCACAGGUAAAACUUGGAUUUCCUAUAGUUUCUCUUAGUAAAAAUAAACAUAGAGAGUGUAACAUUCAUUAUCUCCCAAACAAUAAGUUUAAAACAUGUGAAGUUUUUUCUGGAUAGUAAAGGAAUUUUUCUAGUAGAAUUUUUGGACAAAAGCAGCAGAUGCUGAGUGUGCCCUUGUCCUGCUUUGUAACGACAAAGCUUGUGUCCACAUAUGGCUUGUCGCCAGUUACGUUGUUAGAGUAGAUUAAAAAAAUGGAGGUAUUAGAUAACUGUUUGUACAAUGUAAUAUAAAUGCAUAAAAAAUUGUGGCAAGCAUAAAGAAAAUUAGUAGAAUAAGUUCGUUCCAAUAGCUUCAGAAACUGGACGUCCUGUUCAGCUCGAGACUACACACUGUUACCAUUUUAGAGCUAAAGUGUUCAAAAUAUAUCUUUGUUGUUAGAUAAAUUUUUUAUGUGCACUUUGAUCUGAUCCCAGACACCUUUUAUAAGUAUCUAUAAAAAAUCCCAGCAAUUAUCGUAAAGGAUUUGUUAAAAAUCAAAGCACUAAAUAUUUUUUAUUUUUGCAACACUUUGCUAAAUAUUUGUUUACUUUUUAUACUUAUGUUAUGUUUAAAAUGAUAUAAAUUAUAAUACAUGCAAAGUAAUAAGUUGUACAAAUUAAUAAUAUAUAACAAAAAAGUACCUAAAAAUUGUUACUUUAAUCAUUCCAGUUGUUCUCUCAGAGGUAUACUUAAAAGUACAAAUGCACUGAUCAUAUUAUUUAAGGCAAAAAUAAAUGCAAUAAAGUGUGUAAAAAUUAACAACCUCCCCAAUUAAGUAGGCCUAAUAAUUGUUUAUAAGAAAAUGUACUAUUUGACAAUAUGUCUUUUCUUUCAUAGCUGGAAUUUCAGAAGACAAAAUUCAUUGACUGAAACCUGACGUACUAUCACUGUAUUUUAAAACCCAGUUGCAUACAUUUUGUAUACAUUCAAGAAGUUGACAAAUAUGUAAAGUUGAGCUGGCCUCUCUCACUUUCUUUUAAGUUAGAAAACAAAUCAUACUCUUAACCAUGGAAUUGGCUAAGAUCUGAUAUUGAAUGUUCAUGUUAUGUUCUUGAUGAUGAUACCUGAUCUUAUUUUUUUUAUUAAUGCAAAAUAUAAAAUGAUCGAACAGGAUUAACAUCAAUACUGAUAAAACUCUGAAUAAUCAAGUAAAGCUUUAUUGACUGAACAAUUAAUUAAAGUGAAGUUUUGAGUGCAAAUAUUAUGGAAUUUGCCAUUUGUGAUUGUGUUUUACUUUCAAUUAACGACAUAUCCAUUAACAACAUAUAUCACAUUUGAAAAAGUUUGUUCUUAGAAAGUAAAUUAUCUUUUAUACGUUAUAGAAUUUUCAUACCACAAAAUACUAUAUAAUAUUUCUAUAAUUAAAAAACUUCUAUAAAAUUAAAAGUUUUAUUAAAUUAAAAGAAUGAAUUAUGUGCAAAAUUUAAAAUAUGUUAUUAUGUUGUAUAAAAAGAAUUGCUUGAAUAAUUAUUAUGUAUAAAAUAAUAUACAAAAUAUGAUUUACUUAUUAUAAACGUAUAUGAAAACAGGUUAAAAUUAUUAUCAUGUGCGAUGAUACUACAGUACCACUCAGGGUUAUAUAGGUUUUCUAUUAUACUAUUCACACAAGUAGUUUUCAGUGAAACAGAUUUAAUAGUGUUUUUCUUGAAUAUAAUGUAAACUUCAUAGUUAACUGAAUUCUGCCAUAACAACAAAGGAGAAUCAAGCAAAACACACACUAUAAAACAAAAUCUUUCUCCUUAGAUAAAGCCAAUAUACUGAAAUUGCAACAAGCGUAACCAAUUGGCACAAAUUCGUAUCAUGCCCUAAAUAAUUCUAUAUUGGUACUAUUUGGUACAUUGUUUAUAUUUGACUGAUACUUAGAAAAGUACUUCAAUACUGAUGCUGAUGAAACCAACACUAUAACAAAAGUUUUAUUUUUGCUUUGGGAGGUUGGAAAACAAAUCAUGCUCAUAUCAAUUAGGUAGUAGGAAAGAGGAAGAUAUAUUUUACGUAGUGGCCAUUUCUACCAAAUAAUAGCUCUAUUCUCUCAUUACGAUACCGGUGUCCAAAUAUUUUUGUAUCAUUGUAGUUGUAGCAAUUAUGUGUUAUGCGUUUAAUUAUAGUUUGUUAUUAUAUUAUUACUUAUUAUAAUUUUUUAUAUUAUUUAUUUACAGAUAUUAUGUUUGUACUUUCAAAGGAUUAACUUUUCCUUUUAAUGCAAGUUGGUUAUUAGUUAGAUUAAUUUUGUGGGGGGGAGGGGACUUGAUGAAUUUAGUUGCAUUAGUAUUAUCGCAUAUCUUAAAUUUCUACUUUGUAACUGAAGUCUAUUGCAAACAAACCCCACCUAUUAUUUAUCUUUCUAUGUCAUUCCUGUAUUUUAUAAAAAUUAAUAUAUACAUCAUUUGUAGUGUGAAAGAAUCUAUUUAAAAUAUUUUAUAAAUCUGUAGCUAUAUUGCAGAAUAAUUAAUUUUUUUAACUAACCUAGUUAUUUUUACACUUUACAAAUUGAAUUUUAACUUCUAUAUAAAUUAUUAGUAAAAAAAUGUAAAGGGUGUAUCAGAACUCAUACAAUAACAAUAACUUUUUUACAUAAAGAAUCCUUUUGAAGAUAAAAAAACUCUUAAGAUUUGAAAAAGAUGUAAUUUUGCAGUAGUUAGCAAAAGAUUUUCAAAACCGUUCCUCUUAUUUUCUCAUCUGGAAAGUUUGAACAUUAAAAUUUAGUUUACUUGAGAAUGGUACAUCAUGGAAAAUAGUAAAAUAUUUCAUUUCUUGAAUUUUUAAUGCAAAAUAGAUAUAAUUGGUAACAUAACAUUUUGAUUAUUUUAAAAGAGAAUUCAUUCUCCCUAAAACGUGGCUUUAACGUCCUAGGUAAUGUCUUAUGGAAAAAAUUAAUUUACUUUAGUGAAAACAAAGAAACAUUUAUGUUUGUAAUAUUAGUCCAAAUAUUUCUUGUAUUUAUUCAUGCAUGUAUCAUUUAAUUGUUUGAUAUUUGAUGGUCCUGGCUCUGAAGAAGUUAUGUUUGGAAUAGAAAAGAAAAAGUUUUAUAUUUUCCUCUAAACUAUGCUUUAGAAGUUUGCCACAUGAGUUUAGGUACACCCAGUUUAAUAAUGGUAUUUAUUUAUUUUUACUAGGUCAUACAAAGUUGGUAUUUCAUCGUUAACAAUAGUGACAUUUUGUGUUUUAACUUCUGCCUUUUAUUUACAACUUUUAAUUAUUGAAGGAACUAAAAUUACUUUCCAACGUGCUCAACUAUUGGAACCCCGACUUGAAGUGUUAUUUGUAAUUAGGUUUAAUACAUAAUUAUGGUUGUUGAGGAUUUUGUUAAACAUAGGUAUUUGGAUUAAGAUUGAAGAUUAGAAUGCAAGAAAACCGGUGCUUUUAUUUGAACCAUUCCUAACUCACAUUGUGUAUUGAUAUGGUAAUAAGUUAGAUGUUAGUUACGUAUUUCUGUUGUUGCCUUUCAAUCAGUUAAUUUAUUAUUCAUCAAAAUGUAUCAGCAGACCAAUUCUUUAGCGUUUUUUUGGAAUAUUUCUUUUACCUUUGUAUUCUUGAGAAAAUUAUUCUUUGAUAGUUGGUGCAGAGAAGUGAUGCUACAUCUUUGGUGGUACACUAAAAUUACUAGUUGUUUGAAUUGUUUUAGAACAUAUGUUGAGGAAAUAUUUACAGGUUUUAAUUUUUCAUCUAAAACAAUGCUGUGAAAAGUUAGUGAUUGAAAACCACUUCUGUUCAAUUUUUUAAAAUAAAAUAUUCAUCACAUUAGACCUUGGCCACUAUACAAAGGGUAAUCAUUGAACGGUACAGUUAUUAAGUGGCAAUGCAAAGUUCAAUGUUUGUAUUGUGCACACAGAGAACGCCUGACACUGUCCGCGAAGCCCACUCUUUUCUUCUCCAAAAGGUGUCUUAUCUUGCAUAGGUCAAGUCAAAAGUUCCAUUUAACUUUCUCAAAAAACAUUGCAGCUCUUCUCAAACCAUAGAUGAUGAUAUUCACCUAACCGAUUUCUAUACCUGUCUAUAGGUGAAAACCGUACAUUUUAGGCCUGUGCAACCCAUCUACACAUGUCUUUUUAAAAUGCUGAUUUCACUUAAGAACAAGAGUUGGACAGACUCGUCAUGAGUCCACAAAAACAUUGCUUAUAUCGCAGCCACUACAGUUUGUAUCUUGGUCCAGGUCAUAUAUGCAACAAUGUGCAAAUCAGUACAUCACCCAGCCGCUGGAUAGGCAACAAAUUCAUACCUAUAGGUAUGUUAUUUUGGUGCUGCUCUCCUACACGAUUUGUUGAAAAUCGUACAGUACAUGGUUCAGGCUACCUGUAGAACAUUGGUUUGUUUCAAUAUGGCUUUGUUUAGUUGGCUGAAUCAGUUUCUGAAAAUGUUCUAUAAGAUGUAUUGAUAUGUAUCAUUCAAUUUUAUCUAAACAAUUUAUUAUGAGAUUUAUUAAAUUGUUUUAUAUUAAUAAACCGUUAUUAUUUCUAAUCUUUAUACAUUAAAAAAAGAAACACUAAAAUGUAUUUCACUUUUGUAAGCAUUUCUUGCUUUAUUUGAGUGAAAAUAGUAAAAGAAACAAUGGAGUAAAUAAUUAUAUUUAUGACUUUUUUUAUAUAUUAUUUGAGUACUUUAGUUUUAUUUGGAGUUUAUUAAAAAUGUAGCUUUAUAAUGUAAGAAGAUGAAAUGAUACCAAGCAACAAAUACAUAACAGAACUAAGAUGAAAAGACUGAAGCAGGAAAAACUUACCUUGGCUACUGGCAAUAUUAUAAAACAGAAUUGAAUUAAAUAGACUAAUGCUCUGUGUUAGUAGCAUGCUGGUUCCAGCGUUAGGUGCAUCAUGCAUGUGUUAUCCUCCAUAUCAACCCAGCUUUUAAUAUUUUUACUUCUCACGCUAUAAUUUUUGGUAAAGACAACUACUGUUUUUGAUUUUUUAAAUUUGGUCUUUGGGUCUGUUUUCUACAUAUACAAAACGUGUGUGACAGCAUGACUCGUUGUUGUUCAUUUCAUGAGCAAAAUUUGCAGCCCUUUUUCACAUAAAUUAUCUUAGUUCACGACUACCACUAAUCCUCAACUUGCGAUAGCAAUAAAAAAUGAAAUUUGGCAUGCCUUGUCUUAAUUUCAAAUGAAAUUUGACCUCAUAAUUAAAUUUUCUUAAAUAGAAAAACGAAAGCAUUUUGAUAAAGAUCUUAUAAGGGUUCAAAUGGGGUUGCAACUCCUAGAAGACCUGUAUUUUUAAUGACUUCAAAAAGGAGGAACUGUUCAAGUAAAAUUUGACUGUGUUCCUUUUUUAUGUAUUGUCCACUGAUUUUAACAAAAUUACUGAUUUGGAUGAAACCUUUUGUAAACAAAAGAGAGCUGUCGGGUUAAGUUUUUUUUUAUGGACUGGACAAGUAUCUGACCAGGAAAUCACUUUGGAAAUUGUACAUAUAAACCCAUAUUGAGAAACCAGACAAAGCAAUUUGUGGAGAUGUGGUUUUCUAACAUUGACUAUCACAUGCCUCAAAAUUGGUUUGAAACAUUACUUUUCAAGUUUGACUUCGGAAUGAUGAUCCUAUGGGACCCGAUAUAUAAAAGCUGUCCUGAAGUAACGAGACAGGAUUGAUUGCUUCGUUUGAAAUUUUUCACAUUACUAUAAGUUUUCAUGUGGGAAGUUUUCUAAUCUAAAACACCCCUAUAGGAGGAGUACUUUGAAACGUAUAAUAAGUGCGGAGGUAUAGUUAUCUUCCAAUGCCCACACCUUAUAUCAGAUACUAGGGAACAUACCAUGGUAAUGGUUCGAGUGAUAUCCCUGUUAGAGGCAAUGUGGAAUUUCUGUUCAAGCAAGAUUGAGUAUCGAGAUGGGGAUUUUCCAAAUUACUAUAAGUUGCCCUAGAAUUACUGCUGGAAGAUCCCUAGUCUACAUCAGGGUAAAAAGAAACUCCUAUUGGAGUCCUUAGAAAUACAACUUGCAGCAACGAUACAGAAUGAGAUCUGAGAUUUAAUUUUCUUUGAAUGAUCAUAACUUACUUCACAGAUUAUAGGAAACAUAUCAUUUUUCAUGGUAGUGGUCAGAGUCACUAUUCACUACUCACUGUCACUACUGGAGGUAACAUAAAAAACCCAUUCUGUAGUAACGGGACAGAAUUGAGUGCGGAAAUUGGAAUUAUUCCAAUCAUUAUAAUCACAUCAAAGUUGUUGUGGGAAGUUUUUUAUUCUAUAUUAGGGUUCCUGAAAAUACUACUGUAGGAGUCCUUUAAAUGAAACAUAAUUUGCCUUAUAUACGCAUGACAUUGGUAGCCAACAUGUGGAGCUUGGAAGUAUCUAAAGAAAACAAUUCCAUAUUUUUCAAGGAGCUCUUUCUUAUUGGGAGCAGCUCUUGUACUACUAUUACUAUACUCAUUACUAUUACUACUCCUUUUCUACUAUUAUUGUACAUCAUAAAAUAUGCUAUUAAGUAUCAUUAGGUAUCAGUCUAUUUAUCAAUAGUGAAUUUUUUUCCCAAAGUUUUGAAUUAAAGUGUAAAAGUGGCUUUAAAUGGAAUGGUUUUAAUAAAGUGUGAAUGUUGUUUUAUUUUCCUUUAGAAAAAUUAUUUUAAUAUAUUUUAUGUGACAAAUAAGGUUUCUGCUGAUACUUUUAUCCAUUUUUCAGUUAUAAAAUAAAUAGCAUUAUAGCCUAAAGUAGACUAGCGUACAAGGCUAAUGGCUAUAUAAAUCCAUGUAUCUAACAAUGCACAAUAAAUCGAUCUUGUUUGUUGCCUAAA